AUGAUGCUUGCAAGCCACGUGGUUGCGCUCAGUGCUAUCCUCUUGCCGGCGCUUGCAUCGUGCAGUCUCGACUGCUACUGUCUGCCCGGAGAUAGCUGCUGGCCCUCAGCAUCAGCAUGGGAUCAGCUCAACACCACUGUCGGCGGCCGUCUUGUCGCAACUGUUCCCAUUGGAACACCUUGCCAUGACCCUACCUUGGAUGAGGCGGCGUGUGCAACUUUGCGGUCCAACUGGUACCUGCCGGAAACCCACUUCGUGUCUUCUUCGUCGGUGAUGCAACCCUACUUUGCGAAUCAGAGCUGUGACCCAUUCACUCCGGAAUCUCAACCAUGCCUCCUUGGCAACUAUGUGAGCUAUGCUGUCAAUGUAUCAUCCAGUGAUGAUGUGAUUGCAGCCAUACAGUUUGCCCAGUCCAACAACAUCCGUUUUGUCAUUCGCAACACGGGCCAUGACUACUUUGGACGCUCGACGGGUGCCGGAGCCCUUUCAGUCUGGACUCAUUCUUUGAACGAUAUCCAAUACCUUGACUGGGCCGAUUCAUCAUACACCGGUCCAGCAUUUAAACUUGGAAGUGGCGUCCUCGGAUACGAGGUACUUGAUGCAGCUUCCGCAAAGCAGCUUGUCGUCGUUGGCGGAGAAUGCCCGACAGUUGGCCUAGCUGGCGGUUAUACCCAGGGCGGAGGGCACUCGGCCUUGAGCACGGCCUUUGGCUUGGGCGCUGAUCAAACACUCGAGUUUGAGGUAGUUACUGCUGCCGGUGAACUUGUCACAGCCUCGCGAACCGAGAACACCGACCUUUACUGGGCUCUGAGCGGUGGCGGUGCUGGGAACUGGGGCGUUGUGGUGUCUCUCACCGUAAAAGCUCACCCGGAUUCCACUGUAUCCGGCGCUGCCCUCGAAUUCCUUGCUGCCAACACGACAGCUGAUCUAUUUUAUGAGGCCGUGAAUCACUUCCAUUCUCUUUUGCCCAGCAUGAUUGAUGCAGGCGCCACGGUUAUCUAUGAAAUGAAUUCGGAGGCUUUCAUUAUCCAUCCAGUUACUGCCUAUAAUAAGUCAUCAGCCGAGGUUCAGUCCAUCCUUUCACCAUUCCUCUCCGUUCUCACCAAUUUAAGUAUUCCAUACGCUGUUUCCUAUUCGGAAUUCAGCGGAUACUAUGACCACUACAACAAGUACAUGGGUCCUUUGCCUUACGGAAACCUAGACGUUGGCACUUAUAAUUAUGGCGGUCGUCUAAUCCCUCGCGCUGUGCUUGAAUCCGAACCUGCCACUGCUACAUUGAGUGCAACUUUGCGCAACCUGACCGAAAAUAGUGUUCUCGUCGUCGGUGUUGGUCUCGAUGUGUCCAAGGAACAACCCAACGCCAUAUUUCCUGAGUGGCGCAAGGCUUCUGUCACCAUGCAAUUUGGGACUCCCUGGAACGAAACCGCUCCUUGGUCCCAGAUGAUCGCAGACCAGCUUCGCAUAACUAAUGAAUUUGUGCCCCAGCUUGAGGCCGCAACUCCUGGUGGUGGUACUUACGAGAACGAGGCUGAUUUCCGUCAACCCAACUGGCAAGAAACAUUUUUUGGCUCUAAUUACGAGCGUCUAAAGGAGAUCAAAAACAAAUGGGACCCCGAAUCGUUUUUCUAUGUCCUUAAAGGUGUGGGGAGCGAAGUUUGGCAUGUCUCUGAGUCAGGCCGGAUGUGCAAAUCCGAUAAUUAA